GUCUAUCUCUUUAACUCUGUUUCCUCUCUCGUCCUGACGUGGAAGGUAUGCGGGUGUAAGCAAGUGAAGUCGUCAGUUACUUAAGUGAUUCAUGUCUGCUUUGAGGGCUCAUUAUUGGCAGCAUUUGUACAUUUUCCCGCGUCGUGAUAAACAAACCUUUUCAUGCUUUUACUUAUAGCUGUUAUGGAUUUAUACAAUGAGUUUUAAAUUAGUCUUAAUGGUAAUUUUUCUAUUUUACCUCACCCUUAUUUUAAGACGGAGGAGAGAACGUAAGCGGACAUGAGGGUAAACACGUGUGCGGGGGUGUAAAUGCCUCGAGCAAUGAUUGAGAAAGGGACAGCAGUGAGAGAUUUAAAGGGGCGAGAGCGUCAUGGUGGUGUGAGGGAAGGAAGGGUGGAAAGAACGGGACGUGACAAGAGAGGGAGGGUAGGCGAGGGGAGGUAAGGGGUGACAAAUGAGAGGAGGGAAGGGGUGACACACGAAAGGGGAGCCUGAUAAACGUACCGGGUCAGUCUGCCUCUCGCCGUGCUGAGGAAGGGCUUACUGCCGCCCGUCCGGCGCCGCGUGUCCCUCGAAGUCGAGAGGACAAGCACGAACCGCAUAUAAAAACGGAAAGGAGAGGUUUGGUGUUGAAAUGAUUUCUACAACAAACUUCUUCAGGAACAAACUUUUACGAUGUCAAAAAAAGAAUAAUUCAUAAGAACAUGAAUCUUCCCAUCAGUGAGAGAUAAGUGACUCACCCAGCAGGGCAGUGAGGCAGUUUGAGUUGCGGCGGAAGCCCUUGCUUGUUCUCCCUUUGCCAUCGUCAGGGAGUUAGGCCACUGCAACCUUCCUUCAUCAUUGAAAACAAAAAUUAAUUUCACUCCUCUCCUCAUCCUCGUCCGGCGUUCCUUGUGUGUCCUUGUCGCUGACACGAGGUAGGGUGUGCUGUAUCAGGGGCAAGAAAGAUUCUGCGAUCUCCGUGGGUGCCUCCGUAAGUGACCCUCACCGCUACAUUAACCGUCGGACUUUUGGCUCACCGCGAGGGGCAGACUGAACAUGUCAGCAGCGAGCCCAACAUUCCAAGAGUUCCUACAGCCCGGCGACGCCUCGCCUCAGUCGGCUACACUCAGCAGUGGCUCCAGCUCCCCAGAAGUGUUCUUUGAUGCUGCUGACCAGCUGCCCAUGAAUCGAGUGCCACCCAUGCCUGCCCAAGGCGGUAUGAGUGAACAAUUUCAUGAUGCACUUGAGACACCUGCCACUAGCGUCAACGUUUGUAAUGAUGGCCACUGGGCAACGCAGGAUGUUGACACACACGGCCAUAACAGGACCGAUGUCACACCACCCUAUGGAGGCUACAGCCAUACCAAUUACACGUGGAAUGAGGACGCGGGACAAAGCCAUGCCUUUUUUCGCUUUCAAGACAAACCACUACCACAGAAACUUCCAGAGAGAGGGAUAUUUAGUGUUACAAAUGGGAGAGAACUCAGUGGAGGAAGCAAAGGAGGAUUUUGUGCUACAGGUCUGGAUAACCAAAAACCCAAGGCACGCCGCUUCCUAAUGGAUUUCCUCCCUCAGAAACAGACGGAAAGCAGCCUGAAGGAAGAAACCCGGAAGAUUGUCCAGAUGCUUUCUAACGACAAAACGUAUAAGAUCGAUAGGCCCAGCUUAGGUCUGCAGGAUAGACUCCAGAGUUUGGUGCAGCGCUCAGCAGGAAAGAAAACCACGUACGCCAAGGGUCCUAGAGUGCGCAGCACCCACGUCAAGCUUAUUGUCAAACGCACACAAGAUUUUCUACAUGUACGAAGAAGUUCAUUCCAAGAAUAUGGUAGUAAACAAGAAGACAGGCCUCCCCUGCCAGUUUUCAAUAAACCAAUCCAGAGUUACAGCAAACCUCCCAAGCAGAGAAAAGUGUCUGAUGGUAGCGAUGCUCCUCACGCACGAAACAAUCAAGUUAACAGUGCUAGUGGAUUCGAGUUCGUAAUCAAGCGUCGAAAGAAAGACACUGAUAAUGUUCCCAGUGAGAAGACAGACUCCAAAAUCCCGGCAGUCGUCUCUACUUCAACAAACCCACCUGCUGAAAGUUCCCAGGUUACUUCAAACAUCAGUCCCAAUCUCACUAGCACCACCACUGAUCCUCACACCGCCACCCUCACUCCCACUGUCACUACCCAACAUGCUUCACACAAUCAUCUUGACCUCAGCAUGGAAGAGCAAACAGUUAACACAUACUUGGGAAGAGAAAACGUACACGUGAGCAGCACAAUCAACAUGACCCAAGACACACGCGAUAGUCCCAGACAAAGCUUAAUUAAUGUUGAAUUAAAAAUCAGUGUUCCUUACCGAUUACAAGACGUGCCAGACUGUACUGAUCAUAAAUCAAGUUUCCUACACACCCUAGAAAAUAAUGAAGAUGAUGAUUAUUAUGAAGAUGUCUGUGAUUAUGAUGACAAUGAUGGAAAUCAGUAUGAUGCACCACCAGGAGACGAGAUGGAGAUUACCUCAGAAAAAUGUCACAGCACAGUCUCGUGCAGUGCUGAGCCAGAUGAAAUAAAAAUACAGAUCAGGGAAGAAGCAACAGUCAUCACUCAAGACCUUCAGACUAAGCAAGAUGUAACUUCUGUUAAUUUUACGAAUGGGCACACUGAACAGAAGAAGGUUGUUUCUCCUGGAAGUGGAAACAAAAUGUCUCCACAUCCCAGCUGCAUGCCUCCACUUUCACGCCAUCAGGAAGACUCCGUGACGAACACUGCUGUUGACCUCCGGGAGCACAUUGCGUCGCUCAAUAAAGUGUACCUCGAGUUUGGAAGGAACAAAGAAAAGAAGAAUGACAAUGCUGCAGUGCCCCGUGACUUACCAGCGUCGCCAGAGCAGCAUUCGACGCCACCCGCCAUACAAUAUGCGACCUCAAACACUAAUCGCCAAGCAUCCAGAAAGGUGGAAAAACAAAACGGAGAAAGUGUAAUAAAUUCUUCUUUGUCACAUGCUGGUGCUGGGGCACGGUUUUGCGUAACCACAGCUAUUGAGAAUGCGUCAUUGCCUAUAUAUAAAGGUGGUGAAGCUAUGCUUAGACCUCUUUCACACACGAGCACUUCACCACUACGAAGGAUCUCAACCCGUGACCUGCUGUACACAGACGAAGAGACGCAACAAAGUUCGACCUGGCCUCAGUCUGCGCUUCGUGUUGACACCCUCAUGCGGCUGAAAACGGACAACCUGGUGGCUCGACAUGGGGGUAAAAAGGUACACCUGCAGCCCUACCCACCCAGCCCACGCCAGGCUAGCCCCAUCCCUGACCAAACACCCGUCCAUGAGGACACUACUGAGAAUCUCCCACCCGUGGAAAGUCUCCCCCCAAUCCCUCCGAAAACCAAACCAGCGACUGUCAGUCGCCAGGCAAGUAAAGAGGAGGCAGAAGCUGCAAGUCCCCCGAUAAACCAGAUGGAGAGGAGGCACAGCUCUCGGAAGGCCAGCGGUCACUGGACACGGAGCAGGAAUGCAAGCCUCGAUCAUCCGAGUAGACUAUGUAGCAGGAAGGGCAGCAAGAGACCAAGUUUCAGUCAGGACAUGCUGAGGAAAUGCCUGAUGGCCGCUGUAGAUCAAUGCUACAACAAUGAAUGGGAGGAGCCUCGUGACACUGAAGUGGUGAAGGAUGAUAAUUUGUCCCAGGAUGAGCUGAACAAAUCUUUGGUCAAGGGAGUUUUGUGCCAUGAUGCUGAGAAAGUGAGAGUGGUGUUGAAGCUUGGUGCAGAUCCAAAUGUUAAGUGUGGCAACACCCCAGCACUCCUUCGGGCCGCCAGGGAGGGCGCUUUGUACGUGUUGCAAGCUCUGCUGACAGCUGGGGCUGAUGUGGAUGCACGCACAGACCUGGGCAACAGUCCACUUCAUCUGGCAGCUCGUGGUGGCUAUGGGGAAGCCAUCGUUCAGUUAGUACACAGCGGUGCCUUCGUGGAUGCCAUCAAUCGUUCGGGAGUCACGCCGUUGCAAAUGGCUCUGGCUCAUGGUCAUGUGGAAGUUGCCCAGACCUUAUUGCGUUUCAAUGCAGACCUGUUUCUACAAAACAAAGUUGGGGAAACUGCCUAUGAUGUAGCAAAGGAACUGGGGUACAUAGGACUGGUAUCUGGAACUCCCCGAGAAAUUCGGCGUGAUUCUGGCAUAGGAACAAGGGUAGAGCUUCCUUCCACUGAUAUCCCUAUAGCGGUAAGAAUGAUACAAGGGAUAGAGAUUGGGUGUGCGGGCACAGUGGAUGACUGCCUGAGAGAAGGCGCAUCACCCAAUACGCUCCUGCCUCUGGCCCUACACUGGCCAGCCCGUGCCUCAGUCCUACACAGAGCUGCUCACCAUGGCCACGACCUCAUUGUGCGACUGCUUCUGGCUGCUGGUGCUGAUAUCAAUAUAAGAGAUGUGGUUGGCAACACAUCACUACACGUUGCUGCCCAGGCAGGACACAACCGCGUGGUGAAAAUUCUGCUGGAGUGGGAAGCACCAAUGGAGGCUGUCUCUCAGUCAGGCAUGACACCUCUACACCGAGCAGCCUCUAAGGGUAAGGAGCUCACGUGUAACCUACUAAUUCGACGAGGCAGCAAUCUGAGAGCUGAGGACGAUUCUGGCCGGACUCCUGCUGACUGGGCAAGAAAACGAGGUUUCAAACACUUAAGUCAAAAGCUGGUGUACCGCCGCAAGAGCAGCAACACACUACUUGCUGAGGGGGACGAAAAACAGUGUCUUGAGCAUCUUCACCGUUUACAUGAGGCUGCCCUUAAGGCUCCUAGCCAGUCCCCUGAGCCUAUGGAUUGUGAAAAGUGAUGUCUAACUACACCACCACAAUAAACCUAGUAUAAUGUGAAGGCACACUUUUCAGACAUAUGAAGUGCUAUCACGUUCAUACAUGUGUUCAUACAGAGCCCUUGCAAACAUGAUCUUACAAAUUCAUCAGUUUACUGGGAUCCAUGAGCCACCAUGAAGCUGUCCUGGCCGUGAGACGCUCUUCAUAACCUUCGGAUACUUGAUAAAGUGCCACACAGGUGAAAUCAACAUUUGAACAAGCUUUCACCGACAGAGCGGCAGCCUCUUGAGAAAUCUACAUAUUCAUAAAAUAUGACUAAACAAAUAAACUCACCUCAACAAUUAAAAUGUUCUGCAUCUGGGUGAAUCUGUAGUUAAGUAUUUGUGUGUGUGUGCAGCCAUAUAUAUAAACAUAACCUGUGACUGAUGUUUUAAAAUGGAGCUUAAUCUGCUUUCUGUAGUAUAAGAGUGACAAUAUAAAGUAUACCGAGAAACGUUCAUUCCAGUGUGUCUUCUUCAA